AACAAAUAUGGCCGCGAGGGUAAAGUGAAGGGAACAGUGAGCACCCCUAUAUAGCACUUAACUUUGUGCUCCAGAAGUCAUGGGUCAGAGGUACACACUAUUCUUCACAGCACGUGAAGGCCGUGAAGAUGACUUGCGGUGGGCCCUCCAUGACAGGAAGAUCUCCCCUGACCUGAGAGACCCAGACACAAAACAGACAGCUCUUCAUCUAGCUGCCGCCAAGGGUCGUGUGGGUUGUGUGAAGCUGCUUGUGGAUGCUGGAGCAAAACGAAAUGUACAAGAAAAAGAUGGUCUUACUCCGCUGCAUCUGGCUGUUUAUCAUGGCUAUGUCAAAUGUGUGAGUCUACUGAUAGAUCAUGGGGCAGAUGUGAACUGUACAUCAAGGUUUGGUAGCACCCCCUUACAUCAAGCGGCAUAUUUUGGACACUGUGAUUGUGCGGCUGUGCUGCUGGCUGGUGGUGCUUUGGUUAAUGUGGAAGAAGCAUGGGGUCAGACGCCCUUAUUUCUAGCAGCGCAAAGAGCUCAUAGUGACGUUGUAAGGCUUCUGUUAGAGUAUGGAGCAUGUGUAAACCAAAGAGAUAAAGCUCAUUACAAGACAGCCUUACACGUGGCGUGUGAAGCUCAGAAUGUCGCUUGUGUCCAGUAUUUACUUGACGCUGGGGCAGAUCCCAAUGUCCAGGCUGAGAGUGGCCUGACUCCUCUGCAUAUUGCCCUGAGAGGGGAGGAGUCGGGACCAUUGUCACACCUUUUGAUAGAGUAUGGCGCUCGAAGUGACGUUGUAGAUGACAGCGGUAAUUCAGCGGAGACUCUCGUCCAAUCACUGCUGACUCGUUACGGGAAUGGUCCAAAUAUGGAAACAGUUUUAUCAUAUCAGCAACUUUUGGAAUUAUUUUGGGAAAGCCACGGAAAACCCAUAAGUCUGAAACGCCUUUGUCGUCUUUCCAUCCGCAAGUUGCUGUCUCCCUGUCGUAUUGAUAUUAUCAAUUCUCUGAACAUUCCUUCCUGCCUCAAAUUGUACAUUUUAAACGUUGUUCAGUGCAAGAAUGUGGACACUAUGAUGUCAAAUUAAUUUCCAAUUUGUACAGUCAUAAUUUAUUACUGAUGGGUGUGCAGUGAGGAAUAAACAUCCUCACUUAGUUGACUUCAAGCGCUAUACUCCUCAGUUUUCCCCUUGGAAAACGAUCUUAGAGUUUUAUUGUUAAUAGGAUACUAUUUCUUUCUAUCUUUUUUUUAGAAUACCUGUAUUAGUUAUCGAUAGAUUUUAUCCCCACGAAAAGUAUAGAUGGUCAAUUUUGCGGUGAAAAACAAUUUUUGGUUUGCGUGUUAAAACUUUCACCUCUAGUAACUUGAUGAAAAUUCUCCUUACAGUCUGCCAUUCAUUUUCUGCAAAGUUUGUUCUAAGAAUUUGGUAUUGGAUCAACUAUUCAUCCCAUUAUUGAUAAUUUUCUUUAUUCUCAUCACUUGGCUGCUUGACGUUGUUUUGAUAUUGUAAGGAGAAAUUCUGUCUUGGUUACUUCCUGGAAAUGAAAGGCGUAAUAGAGAAAAUUCCUAUCUGUCUCUCUCGUGUGUAGCACGUGAUUAACCAUAAAUUUGUAAAAAUUAAAACAUUGUUCACGAUAA